AUGGCAGACAACAGACGAACCAACAUGUCCGGUCGUUCAGACUUGGUACCAUCCACUGAUACCCACGCCAAAGCUGAGAACCCUGAAGAAGAUUGGCAAACCAUAUUUUCUCGUCUAUCGUCCGACGCACAGAGAAUUGUUCAAGGUGAUCCCCCUGAGAGUCGUAAGACAACUUCACAAGAAGAAAAGUUGUACGCCAAACAGCUUGCCAUGGAGUCAAUGGUAGCUAAAGAUAUUGCUACAACACUUGGUGACAAGGACCCACAGAACUUUGAUUGGACAACAUUCAAUCAAGAACGCACCAGUCAAGGUGCACUAACAGAAGAAUAUUUUGACACUUUAAUGGAAACUUGUGGAUUUGAUUCGAGGGAUGAUUUUGCCAAGUGGUUCAACGAUACUCGGGUACGCGCAAGAAGCAUCCUGGGUGACCAGAGAGGAAACACUGGGAGGUGA